AACAACACAGAUCAUCGUGUGCCGAAAAAGGGAAGCCGGAGAUAAUAAGGAUCAUCAGGAACGAUGUCUUAAUGGCAAAUCAAAAUCUUGUUCCUGCUCUAAUCCAAUCCAAACCAUCCGAUUUCCAUCUUCCGCUUCGCUGUUCCUUCCAACGACAAACGCCAACCCCGCCCUAUUUUUUCGGCUGUUUCUCUCUCAACUGUAACAACGACACGACACGCCCAUCGAGGCAGAAGCUCCAAGAACAGCAAGACACUAUUCAAGAAAAUCUUUAGGGUUUCUCAAUUCUCUCUCUCUCUCUCUCUCCCUCUCCCUGGGUCCAUCUUCCUUCCCUCCAAAACACUGGGGUCCUUCCCGCUGAAUGCCCAUUUUCUUGUUUUUUUUUUUCCCGAGAAAGCGGUGGAAAAUCUCUUCUUUCUUCCUUUCGCGGGCAUUCUUGUUGGGCUGCGGCGUGAAGAUUCAUCUGGGUUUUCUCGGAUCACGUUGUCGCGGGAAGAAUUCCACCUCCAUUUGUCAGCUCUUUGCCGAGGGGGGGCGAGGUUCUUGUUUCCUUCAUCUGGGUCCGUUUUUGGCGUCCGCUUCGGAGAUUAUCGGCUUGCGGAUCUGAGAGGAAUUGCUGGUAGGUGGAGCUAAAGAGGGAAGGAAAAUUGUCGCUGACGAAUCUAGAAUCGAGAGAGGUGAAUUUGGAGAGAUCCAUUGCUCUGAAUAAUUUGUUUUGGAUUGCGAGGUGAAGUAGUUGGGAAGAAUUUGAAAUACUUUUGGGGUUUAAUGCUCCAAGUUUAUGGAGUCAGAUGCGCUAAUACCUCUGACAGAUUUAGCCCAAUGUUGUAGCUGCGGGUGUAGUUGCUCUUCGUUGGGCCCUUAUUCUGGAACUUGGCUUCGUUCGGUGAAACGAAAAUAUGAUGAGUAUGAAGAUGGCAAUAGAUUCUUUGUGCCUGCGUUGGAAAUCGCAUCUGUGGCCAGGGUGCAAGCAGAGAAUGAGAUUAUUGCGCUGCGUGAAAUGGUUGGCAAUCAACAGCAGGUAAUAGAAGAGUUGUCUGCUGAACUGGAUGAGGAGAGGAAUGCCUCUUCGUCAGCUGCAAAUGAGGCCAUGUCCAUGAUUUUGAGGUUGCAGAGGGAGAAGGCGGAGAUCCAAAUGGAAGCUCGGCAAUUCAAGCGUUUCGCAGAGGAGAAGAUGGGACAUGAUCAGCAGGAGCUGACAGCACUGGAGGAAUUGUUGUACAAGAGAGAGCAAGCAAUUCAAUCCCUGACGUGUGAAGUGCAGGCUUACAAGCAUAGAAUGAUGAGUUAUGGACUUACUGAGGCAGAGGCGGAUGGUGAGAGGAGUCGUGGGUAUAGCCGGAGCCAGAGCAUGCUUGAGAACUUUGAUGGUCCAUUGGAAUAUCAUCCAUAUGAUUAUCCUCCCUUGAGAUGCAAUUUAAAUGAGAAUUAUGGUCCUUUAGAAGGUGAGAAUGAUGACACUGAUGUUGAGAAAUAUCCAUUUGGCGAGACCCCUCGUGGUCAGGAGGAUUUGAGGGACUUGGAGCAUAGAAUUUGCCAAAUGGAGAGAAGUACUAGCAAUGAUCAGUUGGAUGGCAAUCUCCCUGGUGCAAAAAACACCUUAGAGAAGGUCAUGGUUGGUCAAUCUCCUCGAAGGCCAAGGCACCUGAGGAGGUUUUCCAAUGACAGUUCAAGUUCCUUUCUAGGAUUGGGAAGGGAUAGUGGUUCUGAGUUGGCUAAGGAUUCUCCCCGACCCAACAUUAGCAUCAAGAGAAUGGAGUAUAUAUCUCGAAAAGAGGAUUACUCUAACUUGAGAACGCUGGACAGAACAUCAGAACCUGGAGAUGACAUGAGUGAUAGAAUUUAUACCAUCGACUCUGUUCAUAAUGGUAUGACACAGCCCAAACCAGUAGUUGGGAUCUGUGAUGAUUAUAUGACUACUCCGCGGGAAUCGACGAAUCCAGCUGAAAUUGGAGAUCCGGAUAUUAUGAAGCUCUAUAUGAGGCUUCAGGCACUUGAGGCCGACAGGGAAUCGAUGAGGCAGGCAAUCAUUUCAAUGCGUACGGAUAAAGCGCAGCUGGUAUUAUUGAAAGAAAUAGCUCAACAUUUGUGCAAGGAAAUGUCUCCGGAAAGAAGGAUGCCUGUGGCAAAGCCAUCGGUCCUUAAAACCUUUUCUUUUAUGUCAAUUUUUAAGUGGAUUGUGUCCUUUGUCUUUUGGAGGAAGAAGGCUCGUAGAAGCAAGUAUAUGUUUGGAUUAGCAGCAAGCAAUAUCGGUUUGCUGUUGGCUUUGGAUAAAAGUCCCCGAAUCAGGCUGGGGAGAUGUCUUACAAGUACGCAAGUUUGAAAGCAGUUUUUGAAGUUUUUCUACGUAUUGCAAGCUUGUGCUCAUAUAUGGGAAGUGGAUUUAGUAAGUCUGCUUUCUAGUAUUUGCUCUCUAUUCAUGGCUUCCUUCUUCAUGCUGAAAUUGGAUGGCUUUGUGCGGUGUUAGUUUGUAUUAUUUUUUCGAGAUCUAAAGAUUGAGUUGCUGCUUGGUGAGUGAAUCACAUAUACUGCGUAAGCACACGCUUGCCCAUAUGAUUUGUUGGAUUUCAACACCGAGGUACCAUUCUAUGGUACUCCUCCCUGUACAUUGCUUAUUCUUGUAACAUUUCCACUUAAAUGUGCAGUGCCUGUAUUCUUUUUCCCCAUCA